AUGGCUAAAAGAGCAGGAGGAGGAGAUCAUGUAUGUGGAGGUUCUGAUGGGGACAGAGAAAAACGUUUAAAAUGUGUACAUAGCAGGCCUCCACAUGUGUUUCAAAAGAUAUUGACACGUAGUGACAUCGAAGAAAGUCAAAGAGUCUAUAUACCCAAGUCGGAUGCUGCCAAAUCCUUCCUCGGAGCUUUUGGUUGUCCUUCAAACGAGCGCAGAGUCGUUGAAGUGGACCUUAUUUUCUAUGACAAAGAAAAGAAGCCUUGGACAAUUCGUCUUCGCAGCGAUGGUGACAGAUAUUAUCUCAGCCGAGGGUGGAACCAAUUUGCCCGUGUGAAUAAGCUAAGUGAAAGAGACACCGUCACGUUCUAUGAACUCAAGUCUCGAAGAGGAAUGGAGGAGAAAGCCAUCAUGGUUGGUGUAACUUGUAAUGGGCGUGUUCAACUUUUUGGAGUGGAUUUGACAAGGACCCAAUCCUGA